AUGGAGGGUCCAGUGGAGGAGCUUGUGCCCACCCCGCCCUCUUACAUCCAGCCUGGUACGAAUGAAUUGGAUGUGCGCUUCUACAGCAUUCAGAUGCCGUUCAGUCCCAUGCCUCCUCCCUCCUUCUCAUUCUCUCCAGCUGUUGCGGUUAGGACUCCUGCAAAGCAUGUAUUCAUCAGCUAUGAGAGCAUCCUUGGGCGGAGCCCUGGUUUGACCACGUGUCCGUCAUGCCAGGUCCGGGUCACCACAGAGGUUACCUACCGGGCAGGGAUACUGGCCUGGGGGCUCUGUGUCACCUGCAUCAUAUUGGGGCUGGUGCUGGGCUGCUGUGUGAUCCCGCUGGUCAUAAACUACUUUAAAGACUCCUACCACACCUGCCCCCGCUGCAGACGAGUGCUGCACGUGCACAGAAGGGGCUGCUGUGACUGA